AUUUUUUUUUAUUUCGAAAAAAUACAAAAUCGAGCACAAUUGAGCAUUCUCCAGUUGAAAAGCGGAGUCCAAACAGCGGAGUCCAAACACUAGAUGUCCCCUUCUUCAAUCUUCAUUCCAUUACAGCAAUCAAGCUAGUCAUCUACCAACCAUGGUUGUUCUUGAUUUCUUCCCCAUUUUAUUAACUCUUUUUUUAGGCCUAGGCUUGGCCUUUGUUCUCUCUCGUCUUCUCACAAGAAAAAACCCAGCAAAUUUGCCUAAGGGAACUAUGGGGUGGCCUCUCUGUGGAGAAACUCUUGCACUUCUCAAGCCUCAUAGAUCAAAUUCCAUGGGCUUCUUCUUGCAACAACGUUGUUCUAGGUAUGGGAAAAUUUUCAAAUCACAUCUGUUUGGUUACCCUGCUAUAGUUUCUUGUGAUUAUGAUUUCAACAUGUUUAUCCUUCAAAACGAAGGAAAAUUAUUCCGAGCCAGCUACCCUACAGCCAUGCAUGACAUUCUCGGCAAGUUCUCAUUGCUUCACAUCACCGGUGACCUUCAUAAAAAGCUAAGAAACAUCGCCGUAAGCUUCAUCACCGUGUCUAAAUCGACCCCCAGCUUCCUUCACUGUGUGGAGAAAUUCUCUAUCUCAAUGAUGGAAUCAUGGAAAGAUCGUAAAGAAAUUGGCUUUCACAAAGAUAUUAGAAAGUUCACACUCGAUCUCAUGGUGAACACCCUUAUGGGUAUUGAACCAGAUGAGCCAGUAGCCUCGAAGAUAUUGAAACUUUUUCGAACUUACAUGAAAGGGUUCGUCUCUCUGCCAUUACACUUCCCUGGAUCGCCUUAUUCCAAAGCAGUAAAGGCAAGAGAAAAGCUUUCUUCCACCGUGAGAGAGAUAAUCAAAGAAAAGGAAAAGGAGAUGAAUGUGGAGAUAGCAAGAAAAGAAGACUUCUUGGAUGUUAUUUUAUCAAAAAGGAGGCUAAGUGAUGAUGAGACUGUAAGCAUUGUAUUGGACAUCUUGCUUGGAGGCUAUGAGACAACCUCGACACUCAUUUCUUUAAUUGUUUACUUUCUUGCGCAUUCACCCGUUGCUUUUGAAAGCUUGAAGAAAGAACAUGAAGUUAUAAGAAGAAGCAAAGAGGAUGGGAAACCCUUGGACUGGGAAGAUUACCAGAAAAUGGAGUUCACCAUUAAUGUAAUAUCAGAAUCUAUGAGAUGUGGGAACGUUGUCAAGUUCGUCCAUCGGAAAGCUCUUGAAGAUGUGAAAUACAAAGAAUAUGUCAUUCCUUCCGGAUGGAAAGUUUUACCAAUGUUCACAGGAGCACAUCUUGAUGCAUCCCUUCAUGAAAACCCUUUCGAGUUUAAUCCAUGGAGAUGGAGUUCUGAUAAAACGACAAGCAAAAAGAUGAUGCCGUUUGGUGGUGGAGCUCGGCUAUGUCCAGGGGCCGAGCUAGCUAAAGUGGUGAUUGCAUUCUUCCUUCAUCAUCUUGUCCUUAAUUAUAGAUGGAAAAUAAAAGCAGAUGAAUAUCCUGUUGCGUACCCUUACGUGGAAUUCCAGCGAGGCCUGCAACUGGAGGUUGAGCCAGCUGAACAGACGAUAUCUAAGAAAGAAGAGGCCUGGAAUUAGCUACCUGCAAAAAAGAACAAAAUGGAUUAGUUGGUUAAGAAUUUGAAAUGUAGCAAGAGGGAAUUCUCAAUAAUACAUUGCUGGUGUUAGCUAGCCAGUAAUUCAGGACAACUUUCAAUAGAAUUUUUAUUCUUAUUUUUUACAA